CGACGAUCCAGGGCAGCGGUGACAGUCCAGAGCGGCGGGGACACCCCGAGGACAUGAUGGCGGCGAUGGAGAGCGACGAUCCAGGGCAGCAGUGACAGUCCAGAGCGGCGGGGACACGUAGAUGACAGGAUGCUGUGGUCGGGGAAUCCCCGUCCUCUCUGUAUAAGGCGAUCACACACCACAUGUCUGCAGAUGUUCACCAGGGCAGCAAUGAGAGCUAACUGGGUCCAGCUGCUGGCGCUUCUCACGGCAAUGGUGCCAACGCUUAUGCCCACAGCAGAGGGCACACAGCAGGCAUCACUCAGAUCGGGGCAAAAGGCCAAUCCAAAGUGGCAGAAGCAGAACGCCAAAAAACCGGCAGCACAUCUGAUUGGGAAGCAGCCAUCACCACAGAAUACCCUGGAAUGGAUUUCUAAGAACGAAGUGGCAUUUCUCCGGAAAAUUAAGCACCCUUUGAGCACAACUGUAGUGGUCCCCAGGCAAGGCCUUUACUACCUCUACUGCCAAGUCGCCUUUGAAGGACUAGACACAGACUUAUCACUGUCCAGCCAAGUCCUCACCUUAGAUAAAGCCCGUAAUGAAACUGUCACCCUGACCCUUGGCACAGAAAGUGUAUUCGGCCCACCUUCACCUCAUGAACCAUGGCGGGCCAGUCUCACCCUUGGAGGGCUGGCCGAUCUCCAGAAAGGACAGAAACUAUACGUGCACGUCAGCCAUCCGCACCUGGUGGAUUAUAGGGAGGGGAAGACAUAUUUUGGGAUUGUCAUGGUAUCUUGAAGAGUUCGAAGGAUUGGACAUAGGUAAAAUGCCCAUUAAGGCCGUGAAGCAAUGAAGUAAAAAAGAUUGAAACUUUCUAAAUGAACUGGACCCUGACCCACACCUUCUAUGGAGCUUUAGUAUAAGAAAAUGUGCCUAUGUGAGAAGAUCGAUCUAGGUCGGGGUUCAGUUGUACAAUAAGGAAGAGGUGGCCUGGAUGGGGAGGGCCAAUGGGACUUAGGGGACCUGACAGGUUCCCUUUAACUACACUGGAGGCAUUCUGCUGCUGCAGCCCGGUCUAGUGAUAACCCCGCCCUGUUCUGCUGAUAACUCCACCCCCUCCAUAAAUAUUUAUCUCUCUUCCUCAGCAGGUCCAUGAAGGGUGCGGGGUUAUCCCCGAGUGGGUGAGAUAAAGUAUUAAACAUACAACAGCAGCCGCCUCCAGUGCAGUUAAAAGAUAUUAAAAGAUAAAUAUCUCCUGAACAACUGCACCGAUGUUCACCCGGUGAGAAGCGUUAGAAACAGGGUCACCCGCACUAUCUACCUGUAUAUAAAUGUUAGUGUGGGUGACUCUGCUCUCAGUUUCCCUUCAAGAGGCAGUUGGAUAUUUUGGUGCAACUGCUACAUCUUCACCCCAUAUAUCUAUGCCCGUCUAUGGUUCAAAUUUUACCCCCUUCUUAAAGGAGUACUCUGGGAUUGGAUAAAUAAACUGAAUCCCCUAUUCUAAGUAUCAGUUUGAGGGGGUCCGACUGCAGGGACCCCUCUCGAUCUCCCGCCUGGCGCUAUACUUGGGUAUUUUAAGCUCUCCCAUUAGGCGGCAUGGAGAGGGCAUGUCGGCCACAGCUUCAUGUUGUGGUUGACACAGCUCUUGCUAUGCAGACAGCCGGGGCACCGGAUGGGAGAUAGCGGGGGUCCCGGCGAUCCGACCCCCGGUGAUCUGAAACUUAUACCUUAUCCUUAGGGGAUACAUUUUUCUAUCCUGAAGUAGCGCUUGGAGUUUGUAUACACUUCUUGCUUUUGUGUGACCAUCCCACGACUACGUUAACUUCCUCCAAUGCCUUAAAGGGGUACUCCACUGGCCAGCAUUUGGAACAUUUAGUUCGGAAUGCUGUGUAUGCACUGCGGGGGUCACUCAUGCCCCACUUGCAGUCACACCACGCCCCCUAAAUGCAAGUCUAUGGGAGGGGGCGUGGCAUAACUAUAAGGGGAAUUCAUCAAGCAGUUUAGAACAUUUUUUUUUACCCUAAAUUUGUUGCGGAAAAGUUGCACGUGACAUUUCAGUUUGGCACAAUUGCCGUCAUUUACACCGUAUCUCCGUCUAGCUCCUACCAGCCUUAAAAAAGCUUUUUAAACAGCCUGGAUGAUUUGCCUGUGCGACAAACUCUUCAAGUGCCGUGCGACAUUUGAUGAAUUUGUACCAUGCACGUCAUAUCUGACGUUACUUUAGUAUUCUAUCAUAGCACAGAUAGUAGGGCAGAAAUGAUGAAUGUCCCUCUAGGGUCCUAUAAAUGGUUACCUGCCACCUUAAGGGCAGAUAGAGCGUAAGCCCUCUGUAUCAAUUUGUCAUUUUCGUUAAUUCACGGUUUAUUGUACUUGUUUUUGUGAUAUGUUAUGAAUUUUAACCCUUUAUCAUAGGCACAGCACCGUGGAAUGGGUGCUCUAAAUAUACUUAAUAUUAAUAAUAAUAAUAAUAAUGAUAAUAAUAAUAGUAAUAAAAAUAAUAAUAAUAUAUAUUAUAAUAGUAAAUUACAGUACCAGCAAAGUGUAUAAGAUUUGUUAAAAAAUAUCCACACAAAGAUUAACCUGCGGUGUGGACAUUGGCCCAGAUUUAUUAAAGGGGUACUCCAUUGCUAGACAUCUUAUCCCCUA